CGCGCUUGAAAAUAUGAAAGGGAACGUGAGCUGAGGAUUCUCUUUGGAUAGGCUCUUGUCCAGAGCCCGGGUUUCCGGGUUCUUUUGUAAUAAACAGAUGGCGUCAAACGAAGGUGAAGAUAGUUCUCAAGAUCUUCUAAACUCAGAUGAGGGUAAAUCUUUUAAAGUAAUUGGAGGAUGCUUGAGGUCAUCAUCGACUUUCAAAGUUGGGAGAAAGCUGGCUUGCAAAUUUCGUGGUACUGACGAUACAGAAAGGGAAAACUUUGAAGCAGAGGUUAGACGAUUUGGUAGCUUUGCUUCAAGCUGCCAUGCAGGAAAAAGCACUGAACUUGAAGGAGCAGUGGAAAGGGAGCCACAACUAGUGACUGUUUCCUCACAAGUUUUUCCUGAUCAUAAUGAGUUUGUACCACAGGACUUGGAUGAAGGAAACUUGGAAUCAGUUGAGAGUGUUGACUCUUUAAAAGCACUACUCCAAGAGGAACGUCUUUUAUAUCAAACAAGAAUUACAGACCUUGAAAGAGAAAAAGAAGAACAAGCAGAGAAUUUGAAGCUGAAACUUUUCAAUGAAGAAAAAGAAAAGAAUGCUUGGAGAAAAAGAUUUAAACAGCUUGAAGCUAGGACUGACAAGCUUGACAGUGAACUUAAAGAAAAGAACAAGGAAUUGAGUGAUCAACAAGAACAAAUAGCAGAUCUAAUGCGUCACCUGGAGACACAACAAGCAAUAGCGAGCGCACCUGAUGAGACGAGACGGGAGUUGCAAGAUGGCAAGGUCUUUCUGGUGCACCAACCAAAAAAAACUGGACGGAAAAAAAGUCGGAAACGAUAGACGAGAAGGAAAAUUAAGGCCUCUCCUUAAUAUUUUGAGGCUCAAUCUGUUAAGAGCUUUUUUACUGUUGUAAUCGUUAUUCUUUGGGUGUUUGUAGAUGUCACUAAGUUAAUUUCGUUGUACAGUGAAACCUGUAUUAGGCAGACACCCUUAGGACCCUUACUAGUGUCCGCUUUAUACAGGGUGUCCGCUCUAAACAGGUUCUCAUAUAUUGAUCAGUGAUAGGUAACUAUUAACCCCUUUGUAACUCAGUGUAACACAGUGUAAGAUCAAAGACUGCUCAUAGCAGUCUCAUGGCAGGCUCAAAAGACUUUUUGAAAAAGAUUCGGCAAACUGAUUUUCAUGUUUAAUACACUUUGAUUAUAUUUUAUCGAUUUUAGCUCUUUUUUUUUUUAAGUGAUUUUUAAAUUAGCUUGAUGUAAAUACCUUUUUUUUUAACGCUUUUAUAAUGUUGUACAUUACUUAAUUUAAAUCGUGGAACACCUGGAAACUAGCGAACAGCUAAYUGUGUACUUGUCCACGUUAAAUAAAGUAUGUCUAUGUCUAUGUCUAUA